GAAAUAUCGGCUCAGGAAGCAGCAGGACCUCCAGGGGUCCAGUUUCAGCCUUUGGAGACCCACUCUGAGGGUCUGUCUCCAGAGCCUCAGUUCGUGCAGGACACCGACAUGGAACAGGGACUCACUGGGGUGACUGCCCGCCGCUUGUGUCGGGUUCUGAAGACCGUAUAGAGAAGAUUCUGGCCUUGGAGCGGCACUGGGGACUGGACCCAGCCCAUGGAGAAGCUGCCUGAGCAGAUGCCCCCGGAGUCCCCGUGUCCAUCCCCAGAGCAGGAGCCUGGAAAGAGCAAGGAUGGUGAGACCUGGACUGAGGAUCAGUUAAUUAUAAAGCAGAAAACUCUUGCAGUAGGGACACAACCACAUGAUGGAGAUGCAUGUGAACAAAGCAAACACAAGGGACCCUAUGAAUAUGGGCGAAACUUCGGUGAUGCCUCAGACUUUAUCCAACAGCCACAUGUUCUUAUUGAAGAGAAAUCUCAAAUGUGUAACACUUGUGGGAAGUUAUUCAGGCGGAACGUGUACCUUAUUCAGCAUGAGAAAAUCCACACACAAGAGAAGCCUUAUGAGUGUCAUGAAUGUGGAAAAGCGUUUGGCCAUAGUUCAAAUCUCAUUCAGCAUCAAAGAAUUCACACCGAGGAGAAACCCUAUGCAUGUGGUGAGUGUGGGAAGGCCUUCCGGCGCAGCUCACACCUCAUCCAGCACCAGAUUGUUCACACAGGGGAGAUGCCUUACAUGUGUAAUGAGUGUGGAAAAGCUUUUGGACGGAGCUCAAGUCUCCUACGACAUCAGAGAAUCCACACCAGGGAGAAACCGUAUGAAUGUACCGAAUGUGGGAAGGCCUUCAGCCAGAGCUCAAAUCUAACAGAACACCAGCGAGUUCACACCAGAGAGAGGCCAUACGAAUGCAGGGACUGUGGGAAAGCUUACAGUCGUAACUCACACCUCAUUGAACAUCAGAGAGUCCAUACAGGGGAGACCCCUUAUGACUGUAAAGAGUGUGGGAAAUCUUUCAGUAGGAGUUCACUCCUUAUCAAACAUCAUAGAAUUCACACUGGAGAAAGACCCUAUGAGUGCAGUGAGUGUGGGAAGGCCUUUAGUUGGAACUCCCACCUUAUUCAGCAUCAGAAGACUCACAGUGGAGUAAAACCUUCCGAGUGUAAAGAAUGUGGGAAAACCUUCAAGAACAGUUCAUACCUUAUUGAUCAGCUGGGAAUCCAUACGAGAGAGAAACCAUGAAUGAAGUGAAGGAGGUAUAAAGUCUUUGGUUGGAGUUCAGCUCUUAGUGAACGUCAGAGAACUCACGCUGGGGAGAAAACCUUUGGCUGUAGUGAGUGCAGACGGCCUUCAGUCCUAGUUCAACUCUUACUAAGGCCUGAAAAUCCUCAUCAUGGACAAAUCUCAUGGAUGUGUUCAGUGGACAAGUGCCUUUAGACAGAGUUCCUACCUAGUUCAGCAUCCAGCCGGUUCGCUUUGGGGGAAUGGUGGGUAUUGGGAGAGCCUUGCUGUGUGUCGGAGAGGGGCACGAAAGGGGCGUCGUGUGACACCACUGAGGGGAUGACUAAAGGGGAAGCUUUAGAUUGCACUACUUUUUAUUUGAUUUUGAGGAUCUACAUCAGAGGGAGAUUCUAUGGUUUGUUUUUCAAAUCUCCAUAGUCAUCCUCCAAAAAUGGAGUGAGUUCAGUCCAUUCCAGAGAAGAAAGAAUCAGGGGAUUCUGGAUUCAGACUCAUGGAUCAGGAAAGCAGUGGGGUGACCUUUGAACCCAAUAGCUUUCCUUCUAUCUCAUCUGUCCUGUUAAUUGUAACUAUACCUGGAAGUGGCUCUUGGGUCUUCUUGGACCCGCAUUUUCGCUCCUCAGUGUCCUGCAGACUACCGACUCUCUUUUUGUUUUAUACAACAUAGAUGCUUUUAAUAAAUGGGCAAAUUUUCUAAGCCAAA